AUUUUAUUCUCGGGACCGAAGAUUUUGAUGGAUCUGUUUUGAAAACAGCCAGGUCGAGCGUGCCUGGAUUAUAAUAACUUUUCAACAGACGUCUAAAUUGAAUCCGCCGUCCGGCUCUUCUUGUUCUUUUCGGCAUGAGAGAUUUUUAGAAUAACACAGGCAAUAGAUUUCGACCUAUAGGAAACCGUAUAUCAAUGUACAAUGAAAAAUAUAGGAACAUGGAACAGGCAACAGAAACAAAAUUUUCGACGCGUUGGAUUUAUGUUCUCUAUUGCCUGUACCUGACGAAUCAGAACGAUUUGAUUUUAUAGAGUGCUUUAUCGAACAUGCUCUUUAAAGGUUACGUUCCUUCACGGAUAUAGUGCGUGUCAAACAGUUUCAAGAAAAAUAUUGCAAACAUGACAUUUCAUGACUAUUAUAAAAUAAGAAGAAUUGACGAUAGAGUGAAGGAUACCACUUUCGAAAAUCUUGACGACAUGGAUACGGAAUACUUAACACAAAAUCAAAAAUAUGGGGACGAACUUUUGAUAGAUCUGGUAUGAUCCGCCCAUUUCUUUAUGAUAAGAAAUUAAAAGAAUAUCGUGAUAAUAAUAUGAAAGAAAAUGCAUGGGCAGAAAUAUCUUCUAUUUUGGGAAAUUCAGUAUCGGACUGUCAAACACGUUGGGUACGUCUUCGCCAAUGUUUUAGUAAGGAGUUGCGAGAUAAUAAAACGAGAAGUGGAGCAGGAAAACUAACACGACAAACAUGGGUUUUGUAUGAAAAUUUAAGUUUUUUAGAAAAUAUUGUCACUCAGAGAACUUAUUCUAACAUCAUCACUGAAAAAGCGUUGAUGAUGUGUCGCAAAUGCAACAAUUCAUUCCUUCAAUACAUCAUCAACAUGGGACACCCAUGUCAGAAAAGGAAAACUUUAAAAAUUUGACAAAAUCACCUGUGUUUUUUAUGGAAAAUCAGAGAAAUUUGCAAUCUGUACAACAUUCCAAUGACAUACCUGAUUCAUCUGCGCCUAUGCAGCUACCACUGCAAUCGGUACGUUCGAAGUCGAUUUCGCCGAUUCUGAGAUCCACACCUUCACCGAUGCUAAGAUCCACACCUUCACCUAUGUUGACAUCCACACCUUCGCCGAUGUUGAGAUCCACACCUUCGCCGAUAGAGCCAUCAGAGCCAUCAUCUGCUCUUUUACAGCCCAAAAUACCAGUUUCUAAAACAGACAAGCCAUCGACUUCGGCGAAAACGUUGAAUACCCACCCCUUCAUCUUGUUUCACUGCAACGAACAGGCUCACAAAAAAGCCCAAAGUCGACUCUAUGGAAACUGCCUUUGUUGAAAUGAAUACUACGUUGAAUACGGUAGCAUCUGCAGUUUUACAGAAUCGAAA